CUGGAAAUCACUGUCCGUGGAUUGUGGGUAGUGUGGAGUCGGAGUAGUGUCGUUUUAUGCGAAUUCUGUUCUCUGUUCCAAACGUUCUAAGCUAGAGUCGACGUCGAGAAAUUGUGACUCCGAAUUCUCGCACGAGUCUUGCUUACCCUUGAAGAGAGAGCUUGAUCGCUGGUGCGAAGAGAAAGAAACUACGUAGUCAUGGGCGUGGAAGUCGAAGUUCUGCAACCUGGCGAUGGUCAAACCUAUCCAAAGACUGGGCAAACAGUAGUUGUACAUUACACAGGUACUCUUGACAAUGGGAAGAAAUUCGAUUCUAGCAGAGAUCGUGGUGUGCCAUUUAAGUUUAAAAUUGGCAAGGGUGAAGUAAUCAAAGGUUGGGACCAAGGAGUGGCAAAAAUGUGCGUCGGAGAACGAGCCAGGCUAACAUGUUCUCCAGAUUAUGCUUAUGGCAGUCGAGGCCAUCCUGGAGUUAUUCCUCCAAAUGCAGUUCUCAUCUUUGAUGUGGAGUUACUGAAGGUGGAACCCUGAAAUACCUCUUAGAAUGUACCAAACUGACCAAAUGCAUUUCAAUACAAACAAAAAAAGAAUAAAAAAUUGCAUCAAAUUGUAUUAUGUAGUAGUCGUUAUAUAAACGCGGCACAUCCUGUGCUAACACCUUAAUUCAAUCGCUCAAAUAUUAAAAAACUGCAUUUGUUAUCAAUUGAUAUGUAUAAAACAUUGAGAUUAUUUGAACAUUGCAUGUGCAAUAAUGCAUAAAUUUAUUUAAACUAUUAAAUUGGUAAUAUUAAAACAUUUUUUAUAAAUAUUAAACUGUAUGUAAAAUUUAUACUAAUGUGUAGUUUAAUUAUGAACUUUUUACACAUAUACACACAAAACAUUUUACUUUUAUAUUUGAUUUAAAACCUAAUCAUGUUCCUAUAAUGAGCAGUUGAAUAAAGGGGCCUUUCAAGUAUUCACCAAAUAUACAAUGACCUGUUCAUUCUAUUCACAUAUUAUAUAUUUCAUAAUUUUUCAAAUAUUUUAUAGAACAACCCACUGAUGUUAAAAAAUAUAAUUACAUUGAUGUAACAGUACAGGUCUUUACUGACUACACAAUAAAGUACAACAAAAAAUUGUUUUGUCAA